AUGGCCCGGCUCGCCCCGAAUUCGGGUGGGGUGUCUCCGUCUGACAUAUCCGACUCACCAGACAAGCGCCCCUCCUCUCCUCAAACCCCUCACUCAGCUCGGCCCAUUCCUCCAGAGGUGCGCCGGCUCAUCGUGAAUAAAAACGCUGGAGAGACACUGCUGCAGCGUGCCGCCCGGCUUGGAUACGAGGAUGUGGUUCUGUACUGUUUGGAACGGCGUCUUUGUGAUGUCAACCACAGAGACCAUGCUGGGUACUGUGCCCUGCAUGAGGCCUGCUCUCGUGGCUGGCUGGGUAUUGUACGCCACUUGAUCAACUACGGUGCCGACGUCAACUGCAGUGCUCAGGACGGAACCAGGCCACUUCAUGAUGCAGUGGAAAAUGACCACCUGGAUGUGGUACGAUUCAUGCUGGCCUGCGGUGCUGAUCCUACCUUGACCACCUACUCUGGGCGAGGACCAAUCAGCAUGACACACAGCGCAGCCAUGGAAACAUUUCUGGAAGACUAUCUGUCUGACAUCCAGGGAAGGUCGGAGGGCGACCCAGGCAUCUACUGGGAGUUUUACGGCAGCUCGGCAUGCGAGACUAUGACUGAAGUGGGAGUCUAUAACAUUCUGGCUGACCCACCGGGACCAGAAGAAGAUGAGGAGAAUGAAGAAGAUGACAUGGAUGAGGAACAUCGUGCUAGGAGGGAAGUGUUUGAGUUUGAGCUUUCUGAUCGACCGCUGCUGCCGUGCUACAACAUCCAGGUGUCACUGUCACAGGGUCCCAGAAACUGGCUCCUCCUCGCAGAUGUCCUCGGUCGGCUUCGGAUGACGUCUCGCUCCUUCCGCCGCCUCUUCCCACAGCUGAACAUUCAGUCCAUACCUGAAGAUGAGUUCUACCAGCAGGCGUCCUUGUCCCAGCUCCUGACAGGUCCAGAUGAACAGGAGCUGGCCUCCUUUAGACCCAAUGUUAGGGACCCUUUGGAGCUAGUGGAAGCCACCCCGGAGCUUGCUGGCAUGCUGGGCUCCUCUCUGGAGUCUGUGGACAGUCGCUGGGACACACUCGAAGCUUCUCCACCCCUGACACAACCCCCAUCUUUGAGCCCACCUCAAUGUAUCGUACCACCAUUACCGCCGCAGCAGCAAGAUGCAAAACCUGAUCCUAAAGUCAGAACUACAGAAUCCAACUUAGGACUGCAACGUUCAGCUCCUGUAUCUAAAUUGCAUGUUAGCAAGUGGAAACCACACAAACAAGAAGGUAAAAAUGUUGAAAUUCCCUCUUUGACAAAGCCAGGCAUCACGGUUACUGCCAGCAUUUGGGAACCACAAGGACAACAGAUCCAGAAUCCUGGGAUCAAUGGGUCCACUGACUCGGACUCUACAGGGGACUUUAAGAACUGGGAACAACACCACCAAGAAAACACCACAUUUAACUCUGGGGUUGAUGGCAAUGCAUGGGAACCACAGAGACUACGAUGUAGAAGCUACGGGAAUUCUGACACCGAAGUGGUAAACAAUAGUUCCAACUCAAGUCAGCUUCAGAAUAAGAACACUUGGAAUUUUAAUCCUGCACAUUUAAAAGGAGAGGCAAACGCUAACAUCUGGAGUAUGGAAGUAAGGGUGCUGGACUCUCCAGAUACACCUGCUUUGGUUGAACCAAGGCUAGAAAGUCAUAAUUCUGAGAACUUGAGUCCUGUGAAGCCGGACAUCUGGGACCGUCAGGGAACAAAGAAAACUGGUGGCUCCAGCACAGCAUCCAAAAGAGACACUAAGACCUGCGAGAACUACAACCAAACAUGUAAGGCAAUAAAAAUGGAUGCUGCCUGGCAGAGGAGCCUGACCAAUGUCAGAGUCCACAUCAGAGACCUGGGGUUGAAAGUCGCCAGCAUUCAGAAAGAUCUGAAGAAAGAACCAGUAAAGACAGUGGGAAAGACCCCUAAAACCAAAACGAGGUCAUGAGACCAUUGAACACCACCAGGGAAUAUUUCACCUUGGAAACUCUGUAAAUAACCUCUGACUGUAACUGCAUCGUGUGUUGUGUGUAAACUGUAAAAAAAAAAAAAAAAAAAAAAACUUUUUUAAUUUAUGAGCACUUUGGUCACGUUUGGUCUGAUAUAAA